CAGAGGGUUGACACUGCGACACUCGAUGAGCUGUGGAGCUCACCUCUCAGAGGAGCCAUCAUUAAGAGAAGAGUGAGGAACACAAAGGAAGAAGAUUCUGAUCUGAGAAGCAGCCACACCCAAACGAUCCCUCUGCCUUCUCUUGAGUGUUAAACCAGAGAGAGAGACCUGAGCAGGACUUACAUCCUCGCAGACCUCGAUCCCUCUGCCUCCUCAUAAGCCUUCAGACAAGACCAGCACACGUCAAACACUCUUUGACAAAGGCAUGGGGAUGUGGAGGAAGCUGCUGAUUGGCCUGUUCACCGCCAGCUCCUUGAUGCUUCUCUACCUGUGUGUACACCUGGAGAAGCUUCCAUCCUGGUCCAUACACUCCCGGGAACACCUUCAAGUCUUCGCUCUGGGAGAAAAAAGAUAUGCGAGCAAACAUGAUCAAAACACAGAGAGUCCAGAGAGCGAGCCGUCUGCCCCCGUCCAUGGAGCCUCUGACGGACGUCCAAGUCUUCAUCCAGGGAGCAACUCACAAGUCACUGCGGAGCCUUUUGGCAGAGAGAGUGAGCGCAAUGAUAAACACGCACGGACCACCCAGACUCCGACUCUGAAGUGUCAGACAACACCAACCACUGAACACAAAGCAGCAGAGAACAACAGAGUCCUGAAUGUCUCAAAGGCCAGUUCCGGGCCGGUUGAAGGCUCAGACAAAACAACCAGAACUAUGUUCAGCACCAAAGCUCCCAUAGUGAAGCCUCAGAGACCCGCAAAGGCAACCAGGUCAAAAAAAGAGCCAGCCUUCAUUGGAGACAGCUACCUGAGUGAAGACAACCAGCUACAGACACUCUGCUCAGACGGUCUCCAAAGUCGGGUCAAGAAAUCUGAAUUUGGGGAGCGGUAUCUGAACAACAUCCCGAUCCUGAUGCUGGCUAAACAUGCGACUCCUGAGCAGUAUCAACGGCUAAAGAAGUACACACCAGUCCACGGCUGGAGCGGGAUCAGUUACACAAUGCUGGUGGAAACUCUUUCCCUCCUCAACUCUUCCGCUAACUUGCAGAUGUUUGACGACUGGAAGGACCACAGUAAGAACUCCGAGUGUGUCCGCUGUGCUGUGGUGGGGAACGGGGGGAUCCUGAAUAACUCAAAGAAAGGGGAGGAGAUCGACAGUCACCACUAUGUCUUCAGGACAAACGGGGCAAUCAUUAAGGGCUUUGAGCAGGACGUGGGGUCUCGGACCACCCACUACACAUUCACCACCACCACACUGAGUAACUCGUAUAUAAGGUACAAAGGUCUUGGCUUUAAAGGACCCCCUUUGUCUAAGGAAACACGAUAUGUGAUGCUGCCAUCUCAUGAACGUGAUUACCUGAUGGUGAAGGCCGCGGUGACACACACCCGAGUGAAGAGAGGGAGAGACCGGGGAAAAGAUCCAACCAAAAUGUUUGGAAAGGACGUGUCAGCUAAGAAGUUGAAGAUGCUUCAUCCUGAUUUCAUGCGUUACCUCCGGAACAGAUUCCUCCAUUCUAAAUAUCUGACCGCUAGAAAUGCGAGAAAUUACCGUCCGUCGACUGGAGCUGUGAUGCUGCUGGCUGCACUGCACACCUGUGACGAGGUGAGUGCGUACGGCUUUAUGACUCCGGGCUACGAGAAGUUCUCCAGGUACUACUACGACAAAGGCCUCCGCCCGGUAGGCUUCACCACCAACCACGACCUGAAGAUGGAGCUGGUCCUCUGGCAGCAGCUGCAUCAGGCGGGGCUCAUGAGACUCUACAUGCGCGAGUGAGACGCACGCCGACCGGAGAUGACGUCUGUAGAGAGUAGAUAAAAAGUUUACAUUUUACAAAGACCAGAUCACACAAUGCACCUGUGGUUUUUACUGGUGAUGGUAAGGAUAUUAAGGUUGUAAACUCUGAUUGACGAGUCCCUUUGCUGUCACACCACAUGUGUUGUUCCUAGGAAAAAAACUUGUUUUUAUUUUAGAAACAAGUCGUUCUUUUCCUUAAAUUUUAAGUUUUCCCUGUCUUAGACUCUGGUGAUCUUUUCUUUGUACAUGCACGCCUCUGCUCAGUGUCUCCAUAUGGUUGAUGCAUCCUACCAAGCGUCCUCGAGGUUUCAAAACAAACCGUAAAGCGCUGACUCAGCAUUGUGAGUUGUACUCUCGGGUUGGAUGGCAUUUCAUCAUGAAGGAAAGUACUGGACAGUAAUCCUGCGUUCUCAGAAACUCUUUCUGCUUUCUGUCCCAAACGCUCGGACAGAAACUGGGAAAAGGGGCUUUUGGGUAUUCUGCACCCUCAUCAAGGAGUCUGUUGCAGAACGACUUGAAGCUCGAGGAGCUGAAAUGAUGGAAGCAGAUUCUACAGGGUGUCGAUGCUUUUUGCUUUUAGCUUCAACUACUGACUCAAAGAUGUGACUCCAAGGUGGUUCUCUUUGAUGCAAUCUAGUGUUUUGUAAAUUGUGUUUUGUAAAUUUGACUUGAGCUUGUUUAGUUAUUAGUCUAAAAGGUUUUUUUUGUUUGUUUAAUAUCGAAUCAGAUGAAGGGAUCCGGUCAUCUGAAGUUGUUUUAUUUCAAAGUGCAAGAGGGGAAACGGGAGACCUUUAAAGUGCAAUUUCUGAAUCUGAUUUUCACCUUUUUGAAUAAAAAUCUGUGGUUUGUA